UCCUUACGGCACGUCAUUUCCGCUGAGUUCACCCGCUAAGGGUUGAAGCAAAGGGGGCUCGGAGUUGUAAAUCUGUUACACGUUUGAAUAAUUUCUUUUUUCCCCCGUUUUUUUAAUAUUAAAACUUGCAGACACCAUGACUUUCGAUGUGCGGAGGUUUGAUAUCUACAGGAAGGUGCCCAAAGACCUCACCCAGCCCACAUACACUGGAGCCUUCAUCUCGAUCUGCUGCUGUGUCUUCAUGCUCUUCCUCUUCCUCUCCGAGUUGACUGGUUUCAUAGCCACAGAAAUUGUAAAUGAGCUGUAUGUGGAUGACCCUGAUAAAGACAGUGGAGGGAAGAUUGAAGUGAGUUUAAACAUCAGUUUGCCAAACUUACACUGUGAUUUGGUGGGUUUGGACAUUCAAGAUGAAAUGGGAAGACAUGAAGUUGGCCACAUAGAAAACUCCAUGAAGGUGCCACUCAACAAUGGUUAUGGCUGUCGCUUUGAGGGUGAAUUCAUUAUUAAUAAAGUCCCCGGAAACUUCCAUGUCUCCACACACAGUGCUACGGCACAGCCACCAAACCCCGACAUGACUCACAUGAUUCAUAAACUCGCCUUUGGGGACAAGCUGCAGGUCCAAAACGUCCAAGGUGCUUUCAAUGCACUCGGUGGUGCCAACAGACUGGAGUCUAAUGCUCUGGCCUCCCACGAUUACAUCCUCAAAAUUGUUCCCACCGUGUAUGAGGACUUGUCAGGAAAGCAGAAGUUCUCCUAUCAGUACACCGUGGCCAACAAGGAAUAUGUGGCUUACAGUCACACAGGACGCAUCAUUCCUGCCAUUUGGUUCCGUUACGAUUUAAGUCCGAUCACAGUGAAAUACACCGAGAGGAGGCAGCCCCUCUACCGCUUCAUCACAACUAUCUGUGCCAUCAUUGGUGGAACCUUUACAGUAGCUGGCAUCAUUGACUCCUGUAUAUUCACAGCUUCUGAGGCAUGGAAGAAAAUCCAAAUCGGCAAGAUGUCCUGAGAGCUAAUCUCAUUUGCUAGACAUCUUAUUUAAUCCCCGCUGACUGAACACACCUGCCCUGGUAUUCCACUAUUGACUCAGAGUUCCCUUUAAAAAAAACAAAUUACAUUAAGGCAUUUCAAAGCAACUGGUCGGCCAAAAGUUCUCAAUAUGGCUAUUGCACAGGUCAGAGAGUUAAAUGUUACCUAGGUUAUGAGAAUGAAGGUUUAGGUUUUAUGAUGAUGUAAUUCUGUAUCUUUUUUAUAAUUAUUCUUUAUUUGUCUUUUUGCAAAUUGUGCAGUUUGAAGUUCUGCGCAGUUUCCUGAUGUUCCUAUGUGUUUCAGAGUGACAUCACAAGUACUGUUUCUUGGUAUUCCCUGUAUACUCGAUGGAUAUUUGUCGUUAUCCAAAACUGGUAACUUAUCGUGACUUAUCAUACUUUUUUACAUGGCAGUACGUCCGACAAUGUAAUAGUGAGAUUAUUAUAUUGUAUUAAAGAUAGGAUCCUGCACAUCCCCCACGAUUUUUAGGUUUCUUUUUACUUGCACAAGUUAAAGUAUAUAGUGUUAAGCCUACAUGAACUGUUGUGGGUUAUUUUUUCUAUUUUAUUUUUUCCUUUUCUUUUGCAUAAAAUACUAAUUGUACAAUGUCAAAAUCAUGUUAUUGUUUACUUAGUUACAUAAAUGGCCUGUUGUGCCUUAAAGUGUUUUAAAUUGACAGACCACAGUCGGUGGAGGUGAACCUGGUCUAGAUAUUUGUUUUUAGAUAUUUCUAGAUCGAUUAUAUUUUGUAUCUGUUUUGAAAAAAAUUAACCCCCAAGGUUUUAUGGAUUUUUUUAUUUUUUUUUUGUUACCUGUUCAGCCCAUGCAGUUUACAGCAUUGUAUGGUGGAUAGUAACUUUAUGUAAUUUGUUUACUGCCUGUCAACCUGGAACAAGGAAAUAACUGAUCCCAGCUCUGAUUAAUAGAUAAGUGGGUCGGGCUUUUUUUUUAUAAUAUAUAGCAGUGUUUUAUAAGUACACACAAAAGCGUAGGUGUAUGUGGAAAUGGGUUGGAAAAUCACAACCACUGUUUUUAAAAAAGAAUCAAUGCAACCAAACCAAUCAACCAAAAAGGUACAAAAAAAAGAAACCCUGCAAGUUGAUAUACAAAAAAAUGGACUAUGCUAUAUGGACUUCUGCCCCUGUGAUCGGCCAGUUUUUGUUUAUCUUGGUCAAAUUGCAAACAACCUUCUAAUUAUCCCAGUUUUUUUUUUUUGGUUUGCUUGAUCAGACCAUUGUGUUACUGAAACACUUCACAUUCCUUUUAAAUUCAGACUAUUGUAAAGAUUGCAAGAACACGAUCAAAAGAAAAAAUAAAAUUCAUCAUUUGUUAACACUA